CGAGAAUUUAAAAAUGCGAAUUUCUGUGUAGUCUUGCUACUUCAUUAUCAUGAACCCGAGUGACUGUAUCUGUGUAUCAUGUGGUCAUAUUGCUGAACCGCCCAUUCCGCAACUACCUUGUGGACACACACAAUGCAGCCGCUGCAUGCAAAAGCAUACCUACACCAAUUUCAUAGUUUGUGUAAAAUGUGUAAAAUUCUGGAUGCCGGACAAACUUUCAAGGAAUUUACCUCUCGAACAACUUCUAACCAUACAAUCCACUAAAGAUGAGAUAACUCGUUUACAAGCUGAUGCUGAACUUUUUCCCAAGUUACUAGCAGCCGAGCAGAUGGUACUCAAUGUAAAAGCACUGCACUAUUGUUCAUCCAGCGGCUUUCUAUACGUUGCCUACCUCUUUCAAACUUACAUAGAUGUCUUCUACUGUUACAUAAUUGAUCAAAAUGUCGUGAACUCUGAAAACCAAAAAAUGCGUCAUGUAGCGGUCCUAGAGACGCAAACCUUAACGUGCAUUGAAGAUAUAACUGGCUAUGAAAAUAGAAUCUUCUACUCCGACAGAGAUGGAUCUCUAAUAUACCAAUACAAACUUCGAGAAGAUUUUAGGACAGCGGCAAAAGAGAGCGAGUUCAGGCUUUACUUGAAUGAAAUGGGGACAGAUUAUUCCAUUACUACACUCUCCAUCACCUUCACUAACUCAACUCUAUCGCUAACUAAUGACUUUCUAAAUGAACCAUGUUUGUUGGCGACUACUAAAACCAACUUUCUGCUACUCAUCAGCGCCGGAGACCAAAUGAUGAUAUUGAGAACUAUAUUUAUACCUGGGCUAUUUCCCAAACAUGCACUCUUCCUAAAUUCAAAAACGUUAGUAGUCACCGGAGAAGCAGACACGGAAAGAAGUUAUUUUCUUAAUUUUUACAACUUUGACUUUGAAAGUGGCGCUGUUCAGCCGAGACAAAGUAAAUUCAAGAGCUUAUCUAAAUUCUUAAAUAAAUAUUUGAAUGAUCCAUAUUAUUUGGCGCACAAUAGAACAAGUAAAACGUUGUUCAUCGCAAACUACGGCUCGAAUGAUAUUCUUAAAUUAUCCGGUGUGGAUUUGGACGCCGGCGAAUCUGUUGAAAUUGAUGAAUGCCAAAAAGUCAGAGACCUACUGCUUAGAUAUGAGGAAGCGGAAUACGUCAAUACAUUACUCUGUCUGUAUAGACCAGAUCAUUCUCGGAGAAUAACAUACGGUGAGGAUGCAAAAUAUUUAUUCGAAUGUGACUUUAAUAAGAGAAAUAUAUUCUGGUUCAAAAUAUAACAAAAAUAAUUGUUUGUUUAAAUUGUUUUCUAUACCUUUUUUCCACAAACACAAUUAUAGCAAUUUGUUUCACAGUUUUUGUAUUAUUUUUUGAGUCGUUGAGAAAACAAAACCUAUUA